AGGUUGGAGGGGGGGGACGUCCUCGCUCUGGCAAUCGGCGGCUAACAAAGAGCGCCGCGUAACGAACGGGACUUUAAUUUGUUUUUCUGACAAGGUCGGCGAGAGUGAUGGCUCUCAGCAGCAGGAGGAGGAAGAGGAGGAAGAGGAAGAGUGAUGAUGGGAGACCUGAGGCAGGAUGGGGGGCAGGAAAAUCAACCAGGAAGUCAUUUCUCCUAUUUUAACUGAGUGCAUGUAAACGCAUCAAAGCUGAUAGCGAGGAGGAAAGAAGGAGGGAAGAAUGGACCGACUGAACCAGACGUUGUGCAAAGGCCUCAAUGAGCUUCAGAACGGCCAGAAGCUGGCCGUCCGAAGCUGUCCCGUGGGGACCACCAAGCCGCUGUCGCUCAUCAAGCCCCCCAGCCAGGGCAUCGCAAUCUCCGUGGUGCCGGCCAAGACCCCCGUUUCCAUGGUGACCGCGCACAUUAACGGCCAGAAGGCGGCGGGGCCGGAACCGCUGCAGGCGUCCCCCAUCAACCUCCAGGCGGCCGGUGCCGGAGUCGUUCCGUUCAGCGGCGGCAGGAGAGCCGGGGAGCUGCUGGCUCCCUCCCAGAUGCUGGGAACUCUCACUGCUCUGCCCAUCAAGGUGCCUCAAGUCAGCUCUCUGCACCGGCUGGCAGGACAAGCAGCCACUGUGCUACCUCAGGUCAGGCCAAAGACCCAGAUCCCCAACAGCCUCCCCCACAGUCCCUGCCAGGAGCUGCAGCCGCUCAGCCUGCAGAGAGUCACAGCUGUGGUCAGCCCCAAGAGCCAGGCCCCCACCCUGCCCACCGCCAACAGCACCUUCAGCUCCGACCACCAGCAGGUCAGCCAGAGCAUCGCCUCUCCGUCAGCAGGUCCUGACCUGGGCGCCGCCUCCCAGCACGCCUCUGCAGGGCCCGGCGUGGCCUACGCCAUCAUCGCCGCCUCGCCCGCCACUGGGAAUGGCGUGUCGGCCGUCAGCGAGGCCGUAAAGGUGAUAAUAAUCCAGCCGCAGGCCCCCAGCAGCACCGAUGGGUCCCCAGCUGACCUCCCUUCACCGGAGGCUCCCACCGUAAAAUCCCCUCCAAAGAAGAAGAAGGAGGAGGACCCAGAGAAAAUCGCCUUCAUGGUGGCCCUCGGCCUCGUCACUACAGAGCAACUGGAAGGUGAGUUCACUCCGACUCCCAACCUGGAAACAAACGGAGCCAGCCGAGUCUUUAAUGGGCCGUUUUGUUUUUCAGAGAUCCAGAUGAAGAGGCAGGAGAGGAAGAGGAGAAGCACAGCCAACCCGGCCUACAGCGGCCUCUUCGAGCCCGAGCGGAAACGCCUUCCGUCACAUUACCUGAACAGCUCCCUCUACCUGUCGGCACGAGAGGAUUUCUGCUGGAAGGAGGAGCUGGAGCAUGACGAUCGCUGCGCCGUAUGUAAGGAGGACGGAGAGUUGCAGCUUUGCCACAACUGCCCCCGAGCCUUCCACCCCAGCUGCCUCCACCCGCCCAUCAAAAGCCCCCCCAGAGGCGCCUGGUACUGCCCCAAGUGCCAGAAGAAGGUCCUGAACAAGGAGAACCUGUCGUGGCCUCAGAACUUCGUCCAGUCCUACGUGACGCACAAGACGGUGAGGCAGGAGGAGAAGCGGCGGCUGCUGAGACGAAACAACGAGUUGAAAAAGGAGUGCGCUCACCUGGAGGAGCAGGACAAGAACCUCAACAAGACACUCAAAGUCUGCAUGGACCAGAGGGAUCGUCUCCUCGGUCUGCAGCGCGACACUCAGGCGUCGCUCGACCGCAUCAAAACGCUCAUCAGGCUCAUCCAGCGAGACCAGCUGGUCCAGGUCACCAUGACGACCAUCGCCACGCUCCCACAGCUGUGGAUGAAACCCAUCAGCACCGCCGCCAUUGUGGCGGCGCCGUCGACCGCGCCGCUGCAGCCGGGUCAGGACGACGUCGCCAACUAGGCCCAACGUCUCUGAAGUGUUUUCAAACCCAACACCUACAGUGCUUAACGAGAUUUUUUUAAGUUAUUUUCUAUUUAUUCUUCGCCUUAAUGUAUUUAUUACGAACCGGUAGAAUCCAGCUUCCGAGCGGCUGUACAGCGAUUUAUCCGACUAGACGUUCGUUUCCAUCCUGUGAACAAAGUUCCUGCCAUACGACUUCAGGAAGACGUUUCCACACGCAGACGAGCCUUCAAACAAAACAGAGAACUACGAUUUUCUCAGUAUUUAUAGAGUUAAAGUCAAAGAAAAAAAUAUUUAAGAUUAAACUACAGAAAUUAGCUUUUUAGUGCAGAUUUUAGUAUUUUCAUGCCGAUGCCUGUUGAUAAAUGUUUGGAGUAUUGAGGGGAAUCACUGUACAUACGUGCUUUCAUCAUCAUCAUCAUCGAAACAGAUGAGUCUGAUUGGACAGGUUCAACUUUUCUUUAAGACGCAGAAAGAAAAUUUUACCACUGAAUGGAAUUAAAAUAAAGGUGUAAAACAUCUCAAACACUAAACAAUUAACUGAUUAAUAGUGUUUUUUGUUGGUAAAUUCAGUUUUACUUUCCACUUUCCUCUGUUAAGGUCAGAGGUCAAGAGACAGCUGCACGCUUUCUAAAAGUGUGCAACAUCCUAACAGCUCAAAAGAAAAAUAAAUGAAGGUUCUGGAGCGGCCUAAUCAAAGUCUGGACUUGCAUCUAAUUCAGACUUUGUGGUUUGACUUUAAAUUCAUCACCAGCUAUCAGAGCUACAGAGAUUUUAUUUUUACUCUGGAGCAAACAAACUCAGUGGGCGGGAUUGAGGGACAAACUGGCGUCUGAUUGGCCGUUUCAGAGAGGAUUCUUUCAAGUUUACUGAAAGUGUAGAAAUAAGUUAUAUUUUAUUUACUACUAACUCUGGGUGACCAACUCCAGCAUUUAUAUCUUUAAUAAUUCAUUAAUAAACUCGCUGGUUCUAUCAGACUAGAUUAGCAUUAGCUAACACCGGCUAGCUUUCUCUCCUGAACUUAAGAGAUUUCAGACCAAACUAGUUAUAAACGCUGCAGUUUCUCACUCAGACCUUACAGUGAAACUGUUUGCAAUUUAAUUAUGCUACUAAAGUUGCUCCUGCACUUUCUGGUUAAGAUGUUAACCUCAGUUGUACCAAACUUUGAAGGUUUGAAGCAGCCAAUCAGACGUCAGGGUUUCCUCUAGCCCCGCCCACUGGGUUCAAUGGUGAAGUAGACGGUUUAAAUUCAUGAAGUGCUUCUGGAAAAGAACAUGAAAUAAUUUUGUUUCUGCGUCUUAAAGGCAAAUAGAAACUCGCCCCAGCGAACAUGAUGCAUCCACUCCGCCCCUCCCUCUUUAACCAGUAUGGAAAAUAUGCCAAAAACGUUUUUUUGUGUGUGCAUUUUAUAUUUUCUGUGUAUUCUGAGCGAAAGAUGAACACUGCCUCACAUCG